ACAGUGUGACACCAGCGGAAGUAAACAGUGUGACACCAGCGGAAGUAAACAGUAGCAGCACUAAGCUAGCAGCUGUAGUCAUAUUGAGCUCCAUUGAGUGUUUGCAGCAGCAGCAGGAGAACUACUGGAGUCCUCCAUCACAUCUUCACAUCUUUAGUUGAGCUGUAAUUCAACAACAAUGUCUGCAGUUGUCAGUCUGAGAGAGUUUGUCAACCAGCGACUAACUGCUGCUGCUGAAGAGAUAUUCAGAGUUUAUGAAUCCACUCUGGUGGAGUUCCAGGAAGAGAUUGAUCGUCAGCGCAGACUGUUGGAUCUCACCUGGAAACCUGAAGUCAAGUUACACAGGCUCGAGCUCCCACAGCAACAUGUCUGGAAGGAGGAGGAGGUUCUGGCUGAGCAGCAGCUCUGUAUUCAGGAGAGGAACUCCAGUCCGGACCAAGAGGACCCAGAGCCUCCACAGAUUAAAGAGGAACAGGAGGAACUCUGCAGCAGUGAGGAGGGAGAGCAGCUGGUACUGAAGCAGGAGGCUGAUGCCUUCAUGCUGACUCCUGCUGAUGAGGAAAGUGAGCCCAGUGAAGACCACACUCUGGACUUUAGUAUCCGUGCAACUCAGAGUGCGCUGGAGGAAAAGCCUUUAAGCUCCAUGUCAGCUCAAAGCUCUGUAGUAUCAGAACCAACCAGUGACCAGCAGCUCCUCUCUCACAACUCUCAUGAAGCUGAAAGCCAAGAUCAGAAAGGAGGCGAGCCUGGAGACUCAGGAUCAACUAGAGAUGCAGAACCAGAACAACAGAACCAACAUCACAAAAGCAAACGCCACACUAACAAUGUAUAUAACCCAACUACGGCAACGAUUCACCGUAAAACUCACACAGGUACAAAGUCUUUCAAAUGUGACACGUGUCAGAAAGCUUUCGAAUAUAAGUCACAGUUUCAGAGACACCUGGUAAUCCACACAGGUGAGAAGCCGUACCUCUGCAAGGCCUGCGGGAAAAGAUUCUGUGACAUUUCAUCAAUGAAAAGGCACAUGAGAAUUCACUCAGGUGAGAAGCCGUAUACCUGCAAAACAUGUGGGAAAGGGUUCAGACUUAAUGUUCCCUUGAAACGCCACAUGAGAACCCACACAGGUGAGAAGCCGUACCUUUGCAAGACCUGCGGGAAAAUAUUCCGUUGCAAUUCAGCAUUGAUUAAACACAUGAGAACUCACUCAGGCGAGAAGCCGUACCUCUGCAAGACCUGCGGCAAAAGUUUCAGUGACAGUUCAUCACUUAAAAGGCAUAUGAGCAUCCACACAGAUGAGAAGUCAUAUGCUUGCAAAACAUGUGGGAAAGAUUUCAGACUCAGGUGUCACUUGAUAAGCCACAUGAGAACUCACACAGGGGAGAAACCGUAUAUUUGCAAAACAUGUGGGAAAGAUUUCAGAUGUAGCAGUAACUUGAAAUACCACAUGAGAACCCACACAGGUGAGAAACCAUAUAUCUGCAAGACAUGUGGGAUGGAUUUCAGAUGUAGCAGUAACUUGAAAUUCCACGAGAGGAAGCACACAGGUGAGAAGCCGUAUCACUGCAGCACAGAGGAUCCAGUUUUAUUCACAAAAGAAUGUUUAGAAAAGCCAGAUGAUAAAUGCUUGAGCUGUAAUUCAACAACAAUGUCUGCAGUUGUCAGUCUGAGAGAGUUUGUCAACCAGCGACUAACUGCUGCUGCUGAAGAGAUAUUCAGAGUUUAUGAAUCCACUCUGGUGGAGUUCCAGGAAGAGAUUGAUCGUCAGCGCAGACUGUUGGAUCUCACCUGGAAACCUGAAGUCAAGUUACACAGGCUCGAGCUCCCACAGCAACAUGUCUGGAAGGAGGAGGAGGUUCUGGCUGAGCAGCAGCUCUGUAUUCAGGAGAGGAACUCCAGUCCGGACCAAGAGGACCCAGAGCCUCCACAGAUUAAAGAGGAACAGGAGGAAGUCUGCAGCAGUGAGGAGGGAGAGCAGCUGGUACUGAAGCAGGAGGCUGAUGCCUUCAUGUGGUCUCCUGUUGAUGAGGAAAGUGAGCCCAGUGAAGACCACACUCUGGACUUUAGUAUUGAUGGAACUCAGAGUGCGCUGGAGGAAGAGCCUUUAAGCUACAUGUCAGUUCACACAGGUACAAAGUCUUUUAAAUGUGACACGUGUCAGAAAGCUUUCGAAUAUAAGUCACAGUUUCAGCGACACCUGUUAAUCCACACAGGUGAGAAGCCGUACCUCUGCAACACCUGCGGGAAAGGAUUCUGUGACAUUUCAUCAUUGAAAGGGCACAUGAGAAUCCACACAGAUGAGAAGUCGUUUACUUGCAAAACAUGUGGGAAAGCUUUCAGACAUAAUGGUAACUUGAUAAGCCACAUGAGAAUCCACACAGGUGAGAAGCCGUACCUUUGCAAGACCUGCAGGAAAAGAUUCCGUUUCAAUUCAGCAUUGACUAAACACAUGAGAACUCACACAGGUGAGAAGCCGUACCUUUGCAUGACCUGCGGGAAAAGUUUCCGUGACAGUUCAUCACUGAAAAGGCAUAUGAGCAUCCACACAGGUGAGAAGUCAUAUGCUUGCAAAACAUGUGGGAAAGAUUUCAGAUGUAGCAGUAACUUGAAAGACCACAUGAGAACCCACACAGGUGAGAAACCGUAUAUUUGCAAGACAUGUGGGAAGGAUUUCAGAUGUAGCAGUAACUUGAAAUUCCACGUGAGGAAGCACACAGGUGAGAAGCCGCAUCACUGCAGCACAGAGGAUCCAGUUUUAGACACAAAAAUUUUUUAGAAAAGCCAGAUGAUAAAUGCUAGAUACUCGACAGAAAAACAUGUAGAAGAUGGAAAAAAUAGUGUCUGCUAGGGGAGGGAAAAUGGAUUCAUGUAAAAAUCAAGAUUCUUAUUUUCUAAGAUUCUGAAUCGAUUCAAAAGUUCCACAGAUGUAUUUUUAAAAAUGUUUUUUCUACAAAAGAACCUAGAUAUUGCUACUGAUGGACGGUAAUCAUAUACACCAAGUCAAAGUUGUUUUGAGCAUUAUUGUGUAAUUUGUUUUUGUUAUUUUGUGUAUAAUUUGUUUUUGAAAAUUGGGAAGUUUCUGAGAUAUAAAAAGACGGUUAGCAUAGACCUACCAAAUUUAUUUACACAACAGGCAGCAUUUUUAUUUUCUGUGUAACCUGAACUUGUUUUUCUUGAAGUCACUGAGAAUUGAGAAAUACUAAAAAACAUUUAGUAAAAAGUGUUUAAUUGUGCAAGUUUAACUUCAAUAAACUCCAUAAUCUUGUACAUAU